AUGAGUGUCCCUAUGCCCUUUGAAAGUGCCAAUUCAGAGAAGAGUGCUGGUAAUGAUGAUUUAAGAGAACCUAUUCCUCAGUUAUUACCUCAUCAGAAGAUGUACAAGAUUCAAAUUGGUUCCGAGUUGUUCAAAGUUAGUGGUGCUUCUUUGAGUUCCGACGGUCCAAGUUACUUCACAGAAUAUUUCUGUAAAAACUCUGAUAAAUCUGACGAUGUUCUGUUUAUUGAUAGGUCUGCUGAUAUUUUUAGUAGGAUUUAUCAACAUCUACAAGGUUAUGCAAUUCCGAUUAAGGAUGAGAUUGAAUAUACUAUGAUAUUUUCCGAUGCCAUGUAUUAUCAUUUACCUAGAUUAAUCUCCAUAUUAUCAGAGACAGAAUAUUUCUAUACAAAUGUUGGUGGCCAAACAUUCAAAUUUCCAAAGAAAUUGUUUUGUAGGAAAGGUGAUUCCCCAAAUUAUUUCCAUAUGACAACCGGUGUUCAUAAUUUAGAUCUAACAAAAUUUGUUGAGCUUUCGUUAAAACAAUUACGUCCACCACCAAUGUCCCCUCCAUAUAUAGCUAGAUCACCACAUUAUUUCUCAGAUUUGCUGAGCCUAUUAAGUGGUGCUUCCUUUGAAAUGGAUGAUGAAAAAAGAAAAUCAUUGAUUAAAGAAUGUAGAUAUUACAUGUUUUUGAAUUUGGAGCAAAGAUUGAUCAAAGCUAAAGUUAUUUUCAAUCCUUUGACACAAUUAGAGGAUAUAUUGCUUGAUAUGGUGGAUUUAAAUAAGAGAUAUGUUGUGACCCCAGACGUACCAGUGGAAGAUACUCCAGAUAGUGAUUAUAUGAAUGAUCCUUCUUCCAUUAAAUUAGAUAAGGAUGGCAGCUUAUCAUCUGAUGAAAGCCCUUGUUUUGAACCACCUUCCAAGAAGAAGAAAUUAGAUAGUAGCAGCGAUUGUUACAAAAAGAAAGUUUCUGGAUGUUGGAAUAUGAUUUCUUAUCAAAGGCCAUAUAUUGACGAUAACCAAAGAGAUCUAAUGUUUCAAAUAAACACUACGGACUCCUCAAUUGUCAUUAAUCUAGACAAGAAAUUGAUCCAUCUGACAUUAACGGGAGAAUCUGCUUCAGAAUUCGAUAAAAUAUUUGGGGCAGCUUUAUUAAAAGUCGGAAUCAAUUUGAAUAAUCAUAAAUUUAAAUUGCCGGUAGGAACAUCAAAGGAAUCGGUUCAACUCGUUCUUCCUGCGUGUUUGUCCCUAUGUAACUUAUAUGUGAACAGCGUGGAGUACCCAUGCGUAAGUUCAUUAUUAACUGAAUCAAACAACGGCAAUUAUCCAAACUGCGUUACAGCAAAGGUAGAACGCAUAAUAGAUUUCACUAAUUUGAACCAAUUGUCAUGUUCAAAGGGAAUAAAAUUGAAUUGUACAAGAUCUAUAUGGAAAAUUGGUGUCAGAUAUGGAAAGGUGAUGCUAAUAGCAAUCAAGGCUGAUACUUACCAUGGUGCAAAGGAAUAUUGUAAAUCUGUAAACUAUUUAUAA